UUAUUGCAACAUUGAGCUAGUUCUGUCAAAUUGUCAAUGCAGUCAAUAGUAUUUUUGUUGUAUUUUGUGCAUAGAUCUCUUGUAUCUGGAUGAUGAAAGCAAAAAACGCAGCUGUGAACAAUAGCUCGCGAGUGGCUGACCUGAGCGUGCACUAAAACCCUGUGACCAUGACUACUUCGGAACUGGACAGUCGCAACAUAGCAAUUUCCAUGAGAAAGUCUGUGGAAAACCUGGUGAUAUCGUCACAAGACGCCAUCGGCCAGAGCAUCAGCCAGGCUCUGACCUUCUCCGGGGUCAUCACACAGCACACCAACCAGAUCCUGCAGGAAACCAAAAACCUGUCACGUUCGCCAUCGCCAUCUUUACGCAACACUGACAACGCUGAACAGCUAAUAGAAAAUGACAAGGAUGGAGCCCCCGACUCGUUGUCUCUUGGCAGUAUCAGCGAGCUUUCCCUACCAACGGCCGUUGCGCUACGGAGCGAACAGAGGGUGUCCUCCGCCGGCCAGCGCGCAUCCGAAGGUCGCACCAAGAAGAAGAGCUGGUACAGCUCCUUCUACCCGACCUACAAGAGCAAGUGUGAGGACUUCAAGCGGCUCUUUAAAGAUCUGCCUGAUGAAGAGCGACUUAUUGUUGACUACUCCUGCGCCCUACAGAAAGACAUCCUGGUCCACGGUCGUCUAUACGCGUCGCAGAACUACCUCUGUUUCCACGCCAGCAUCUUCGGGUGGGAGACCAGCUUAUCACUGCGAUGGAAGGAUGUCACUGCUAUUACUAAAGAGCGAACAGCACUAGUGAUACCAAAUGCGAUACUCAUCUGCACGGAAACUGAGAAGAAUUUCCUCACAUCAUUCUCCGGCCGGGACAAAUCGUAUCUGAUGCUGUUCAGGAUCUGGCAGAACGCGCUCAUGGGACAGCCUGUCAGUAGCCAGGAGAUAUGGCAUUGGGUCCACAAGUGCUACGGCGAAGAGCUAGGCUUCAACUCUGACGACGAGGGAUAUUCGCGGGACCUGCCGGACUUAGCUUCUCUGCCUGAGAUCGUCGAUCCGCCCGACACAGCUUCUGAGGAGUUGGGAGAAACAUCGUCGAUGGACGCUGGCGGCGACCGCGACGAGUCGCGCGAGCGGAAUCAACGCGUUCGAGAUUCCUCACCCACAGUGGGCAACGGCGGCGGGCUCGGCGCGGACGGCGACGCGCUCCCGACAGACAUGUCGGACUCCAGCGACUCCGAGCCCGACAAACCACACAAUGGCGGCGGCGCAGAGAAAUGCACCAACGCCCACAACGGCAAAGUGUUACUGCGUCAAGAGUUCCCGUUCCCCAUCGACCAGAUGUUCACAAUGAUCUUCACCAACUCCAAGUUUAACCUGGAACUGCUGGCUGCGAGAGGCACUACUGAUUACGUUCAGGCACCUUGGCAACAAGCGGCAGGUCUAAAAUGCCGGCAAGUUAGUUACACGUUAGGGCUGACUUCUGGGCCCAUAGGACCUAAGGAGGUGCACAUUACAGAGACACAAGUUAUGAACAAAUGUUCGUGUCCGGGACACCUGUAUUCCAUCGACUGCACGACAGAAAACGCGGGCAUCCCGUACGCGGACUACUUCACCGUUGAAGUCCAUUAUUGUUUGCAGCGAGUAGCAGAAAAUUCCACAAGUUUGCAGCUUUUCGCGCAAGUGCGGUAUAAAAAAAACAUGUGGCCCAUGGUUAAAGCAUUCCUGGAAAAGAACACAAUGUCUGGUCUAGACGACUACGCGCGCCUCCUGGAGGCGAGACUUCUCGGCGAGGCGGAGGGCGCGCAGCCCGCCAAGCGGAAAGGCAGGCGCACGAGGAGGCAGACAGCAUCAUCACAAGAAGCAGCCGCAGCGUCCGCCGUGAAACCCGCGACGGCCAUCUUGUCGCCCCGCGCCAGCGCGCCCCGCGCGCGCCCCCGCCACCCCCCGCGCGCGCCCGCCCACACCAGCUCCUGGCUCGUCGGCAUACUGCUGCUGCUGCUGCUGCUCAACGCCCUGCUCUACUACAGGCUCUAUUACACCGCGCCGAAGGCUAUCGACGCCGCGGCAUUACAAGACAGGAUCAACUCCCUGAGCGGAGCGGGGCUGGCAGAGUGGUCGGCGCUGCUGGAGUCGCACGCGCGGCGCCAGCGCGGCCAGCUGCUCGCCUGGAGGCGCGCGCUGGACGCGGCCAGACAUCAUCUCGCGCAGACGGAACAAGCUCUCAAAAACCUACUAGAAACGAUCAAACCGACAUUAGAAAAAGACGACGACUCGCCGCGGACUGACCUCUGAGCGACCACCGCUCCCAACAUUGGCCGGGAUUCGUCCAACAUUGGGUUGGAUUCGUCCAACAUUGACUUGGAUUCAUCCAACAUUGUAUUCAGUUCGUCCGACGUUAUCUUGGAUUCGUCCAAUGUGGCCUCGAAUUCGUCCAAAGUUGGCUUGGAUUACAACAAUGUCUUGGAUUCGUCCAAAAUUAUCUUGGGUUCGUUCUACAUUGGUUGGCUUCGUCCUACAUUGGUUGGAUUCGUACAGCACUGUUCAGGGUUCAUGCAAUAUGGCAAUGACUCGCCUAUUAGUCAGUGUUGGUCAUAUAAUGAAUAUGUUGAUCUUUGACAAGAGUAAGUGCUUUGGUACCAACAUAUUGGUUAUCGACUAUUGUAAACUGAGUUUUCAUUAUUAUAAGGUCAAUAUAAGUUAUAUUGGGUAUUUUGUGACCAAAUUAGGUAGAGAUCUUUCCUAUACCUCGUUUUUUAGCGUUAGAAAAGACUACACCAUCAUGACGAAUAUUCUUAUUUUAAAACGCUUUAAAAACAUAGUAACUAUUACUUAUGAAAUCAAAAUAAUGUAAUAAAUGUAUUGUUACAUAUUUGCUGUGACUUAUUUUUAAAAAGUGUUUUUCAAUAAAGAGUUUCAAGUUUCAAGUAAAUUUUUCAAGUCUUUUUACUAAUAAUGCUUAAAAAAAACUUUUUCAAACAAAUAGCAUGGUUAUGGUCACAAAUACAUUCAAUAUUUUAGCCAUAAUACAUUUGAGGUGGUCAAUUAUGAAACAUAAAUUAUGUUGGUCAUAUAAUAUGGAACAUAACGAAUUAUAUUGGUCGUAUAGUCCACGAUAAUGAUUUAUGUUGGUCACAGUAUGUGAAACAUAAUAAUUUAUGUUUGUAAUGUAUCCACAAUAGUGGGUUACUAUUGUUUUUGACGCUUCAGCUACGGCCAACGCGCGGAGACAAAUGUGACAUUCACAAGAAAAAGGUACCAUUGUCGAUUGUCAAUAAAGCCAUAGUGCUAUAAAGAUGCAAUUAGAAAUUGCUUUUAUAGACAAUCGACAAUGUGCAUUUUGUCUCAAACUGUCACGUAUAAUGCUCUCGGAUCUCGAUUUCUUUUUACAUUUGUAUAUAGCGACUAUAUAUUUAAUGCGACGACAUGUAAAUAAAGUAGCCUUUUCCGCAUAUGUCAGCCUGUCUAUACAUAGUACCCCUGUUACCCUUGUUUCUGUUUUUUUUUACUCCCAAUAUUAUUUAAGUAAAGGUUACAGUUAAUUUUCAAAUAAUGUCAAGUAAUGCAUAAGAAUUAUAAAAAAAGAUACAUUAUAAUUGAUCUAAUGUUAUAGUUUUCCCCUAAUUAUCUUUUUUUUAAUUGACUGCUAUUAUAUUGCACACAACUGUAUAUGCACGCUAGAGUUUCCCUCUAAUUAUCAUUUUCUUAUUAACUGACAUUAUAUUGCACACAACUAUAUAUGCACGGUAAAGUUAUAGCUUUUCCCUAAUUAUCAUGUUCUUAUUGACUGCUAUUAUAUUGCACACAACUGUAUAUGCACGGUAAAGUUAUAGUUUUCCCCUAAUUAUCAUUUUCUUAUUGACUGCUAUUAUAUUGCACACAACUAUAUAUGCACGGUAAAGUUAUAGUUUUUCCCUAAUUAUCAUUUUCUUAUUGACUGCUAUUAUAUUGCACACAACUAUAUAUGCACGGUAAAGUUAUAGUUUUUCCCUAAUUAUCAUUUUCUUAUUGACUGUCAUUAUAUUGCACACAACUGUAUAUGCACGGUAAAGUUAUUGUUUUCUCCAAAUUAUCAUAUUCUUAUUUACUGCUAUUAUAUUACACACAACUAUAUAUGCACGCUAAAAGUCAGCCAAUCAUAAAUUAUACAAUAUAUGUAUAAUAAAUUUAAUUAUUAAAUUAAAUUUUGCAUUUACUUCAAUCUUUGGAAGUAGGUACUUUUUGUUGACAUUAAACGUGAUAAUUUAGAAAUAGAUAUUAAACUCGUUUCUUAUAUAAAUAAAUAAGUGUGUAUAAAAGCAAUCGGAUGCGAGUGCAUUAUAAUUUAAAUAUUAAGCUUAAGUAAAUAAGUAUGUAAUCUGCUAGAGGUUUUCCAGCCGUGUGCAAUAAAAUCCGGAUCCGGAAAUCCGAAUUUACCAAAGACAACCUUCAGUAGCAGCCCUUAGUAGCUCGAUGUUACAUUGGCAUUUUAAGAUUAUAUAGAAUACCUAGGUAAAAUUUAAACUGGGGUGACUUUGAUAAAUGGGGCUACAUUGAAAUUAUCAUAAACGCAGCUAUUUUCUUGCUCGAUUUGUGUCGAAAAAAUCCGUCUUUGACGUUGAAAAUAUAAAUGGUACUAUAUUGAUUCAUGUUUGACAUACAGCAUACAGCUUUAGAAGUAACUGCGUUAAAAAACUUGAAAAAGUGGUACAAUUGAUUAGAAUUAGAUAAUCUCCUAAAAUUGUGCACAAUAAAAGAUUUGUGAGAUAGUACUUAGUUUUAGAGAUAAGAGAAAUGAGAAUCCUACUCACUCGUAUAAAGGGUGCCAAUCAAAGACUCCUCUUACGUAUAAUAAUAUAGUCUUACUUAGAAAAUUAUUUUAGAAAUAUUAUGGCACCAUAAAUACAAGAAAUUACCUUUUGAAGUAGCGGAUUAAAAAAAGAUUCUUCUUAUACAGAUACGAUGGCAAUGCAAAAUGAAUCGAAAGUAGAAGUUAAAAAUGUGUAGAGUAGAGUCAGAACAAGCUAACUCUGCAUGGCAUUAGCAAUGCUAAAGUGUGGCAAUGUCUUCAUUAAUAACAAAUUUCUAUAAAAAUAUAUCUAUUAUAAUGACACCUUUGUUUUUUUCAAUGUAAUAUCGAGCUGUAAUUUAGAUGAAAACCUCACAGAUCCCCACUGUGAUAAGUAGAUACAUUUAAUUUUAAUCCAGUAGUUGUAUCAUUUCGAUGUAUCGGCGCCAAGCGUCUGUGGCACUUCGGCGUUUUACAUUAUUUUUAGUUGCUUUCAGUUACUUAAGUUGCUUAAUGUUCAGUUGAUCUUAGGAUUUAAGUCAUUUAAACUGUGGUUUUAUAUACCAAAUACUAGCGACCCGCCCCGGCAUCGCACGGGUGCCAUUCUGAUGUAUUAUACACAUAAACCUUCCUCUUGAAUCACUCUAUCUAAUAAAAAAAAACCGCAUCAAAAUCCGUUGCGUAGUUUUAAAGAUCUAAGCAUACAUAAGGACAGACAGACAGCAGGAAGCGACUUUGUUUUAUACUAUGUAGUGAUUAAAAUUAGAGUUCUAUGCCAAAAUUUUUCCAAUCCAUCAUUUUAGUACAGUCGCCAUCAGAUGUAUCGGAGCGGCCAAGGUGUUGAAACAUUAAAGUGCAUGUUCAGAUAUUUUUGAGUACCUUGGCCGCUCCGAUAUAUCUGAUGGAGACUGUACAAAAGUAAGAUGAUUGGGUGAUAAAUAUACUAAUCGAAAUUUCAUUUUAUGUAGGUACAGGUACUGUUUGGUAUAUAAAACACAGCUUUAAGUGAUAGACAUAAGUGUCAAUCUUAUACGUAAAAAAAGAUAGGGUUUAUUUUCUAUUAUUAUGAUCGAAUUAGCUAGUUUAAAUUUUAAAUACUAUGCUAUAUAUGUAUAUACAACUAGGAAGAUGUCAUAAGGAGUAAUAUUAUUUAUAAAACAUAUCUAUGAAAAAUUACAAUAAUUAUAUUCAGAGGCUUUAUGACCAAAUUUAAUUUGUUAUUAAGAGCACAUCAACGUCAACUAGCGCCACUGGUAAAUAAUUGUUAUUAUUUCAAUUGAACGAUAGAUAUUCAAAAAAUGGGGCUGCUACGUACUGUAUUUUGUAUUUAGGUACCUUUUGAAUACAUUGUAAUAAUUUUUACGUUGCUAGAUUCGCCAAUAUAUGCGUCCAAAGUUAAAACGGCCGUUUUUGUUUUGAAUUCAUAGAUCGACGAAUCCAGCAACAUAAAAACUAGAGUUUGAUGUAUUCAAAAAGUACUUAGUUAAAUAUAUUUAUCGUUCGUCAAGUCAUCACAAGGGUUACACAAACUAAUUCAGUUUUUUUAUUUGACAGAAAAUAAAACCGAUUCUUAAGAUCAACUUAGCAUAUCCGAUGUUCAAUUGAGAAUGGAAAACUGCCUUCUGAGCACAGAAGAAGUUUCAGGCCUUGUACUAGUAUGCCUGAUCGCUUAUGAAAGUUCCUAAGGGCUUAUUUAGACGGCGCGGGAACUCGCAUGCGAUUUUAGUUACAUUUGGUAUUGUUAUCCAAUUCAGCCGACUGAUCAAAUACCGCAAUGUAACGAAAAUCGCAUGCGAUUUCUCGCACCGUCUAAAUGAGCCGUAAAGCCGAGGAUGUGAGAAACUAGAGCGAGCCAUCUAAGCCAAGUUAUAACAAGUUCAAAGUGAGGGAGUUUUCCGAUGUCAUUGAAAGCUGACCACUCCUAUGGACUUGGGUAAAAUGACGUCAUUGUGAUAUUGACAUUUUAAUUUCGUCUAGCUUAUUUUUUCUCACGUGUUGCAAUGGUUCUCAAUUGAACGCCUUUGAUGUAGCAAUACUUGUCUUAAUUUAAAGUUUGAUCGGGGUAAAUAUGAAAUCGAUGCGAGGGUCAAUGUGAACGAUACUAAGGGUCAAUGUGAACGAUACUAUUUGAUCAAACUAGAGUAAGGAGUAAACCUGAUUAUAGGCGUUAAAAUUCUCAAUUUAAAGAAAAAAUAUUAUGUAAGCUUAUUCCUAAACCGUGUAACCUGUGCCACAUUUUUAUAAUGGUACCUAUGUUUACUACUUGAGUGACAGUUGUUUCAUUGGCCCCUCGUUUACACUCGCCCCGGUUAACGUAACAUAUAUUUUUUUUUUAUUACAAAAAGGCAAGCAUUUGACCGCAAUCUCACCUGUAGUCCG